UGAAGCGGACGAGAUAUACAAAAUCUGUAGCAUUCUUGGCACACCAAAUCAGCAUACUUGGGCUGGAGGACUGCAGCUGGCAGCAUCUAUCCAUUUUCAGUUUCCUCAGUCUGGAAGCAUAAGUCUUUCAGAAGUGGUUCCCACAGCAAGUGAAGAUGCGCUGAACCUUAUUUCGUGGCUUUGCUCAUGGGACCCCCGUAAAAGGCCAACCGCAGUGGAGGUUUUGCAGCAUCCCUUCUUUCAGCCAUGCUUCUAUAUCCCCCCUUCACUUCGUUUCAGAUCGACCGGAUAUGCAACAACACCACCAUCAGUUGGGGCUAAAGGGGCUAUGGACCAGAAGAAUGCUAGGAGAUACCCUGUGGGGACUUUAACCAACGGGAGACCGGCAGUCAAUAACUCGUACCUGGGCACUAAUAACGUCCCAGCAAGAGCAGCUGGCGUGCAAAGGAAGCUAGAGCUUGAUCAUCAGGUGAAACCAGAGGGCAACCAUAAGCUGACGAAGGAGAACGCGAUGAACCAGCCUUGGUCCCGACUACCACCAGCACCAGUGAGGAACAACGGGAACUACCUCGCUGCAAAGGAGCAGAUCCCUCACGGCGGCGCGCCUGACAUAGUCGAGAAGCUGUCCCAGCUGUCGAUGGCCUCCACCACCAACCAGGCGCCGAUCAUGUCUUCGGACAGGUUUGCUGACCUGAAGGGCACUACCAGAGCCCACCAACCGGAGCCCGUGAGGCGGCCCGUGCCUCUGGGACCCAGGGACACGUGGCACGCCCGGAACGACCCCUUCCGGCGCACCUACGAGAUGCCCGGCGAGAGGGCUCUCCUCCAGAGGAAGCUCGUCAGCUGAGGACCAUCCCACCAAUGCCCGCCUGCCUGCCUGCCGUCCAUCUGCCCCCUUCGCAUCAUCGACGCCACCACCACCACCGACCACAAUAAUCCAGCGGCCUCCUUCCCUGGCGGCCGCUGCCAAGUUUGUGUCUCCCUUUAUCGUUCCGUGUUGUGAUGAAAAUAAAAGCCAGUCUCCCCCGGUCCUCGCGUCGCUUGGAGGCGGCGGGGAGAGUGAAGAGUAGUGCUGCGUUUCCUUUGGGCUUUCGAGUGUCGGAAACGUGGAUGAUGAUACAUGCUUUGUGAUUUGUGUGCAAAACCAACGAUUGCUCGCGUUUGUGACGUUGUGCAGCCACCGAUGUGUCGUGGUUAAACUUAUUGAUGAUUUCUUUGCUUGCUCGCAA